GCGCGCUUUUCCGGGUCUGCACGCGGCGCCGGGGGAGGGCCUGGUGGCUCUGUACUGCCGCCUCCUGGUCUCGGUUUCUUAGAAUACGCCCUUCGCCCAGGGGUUCGUUUCUUGCCGCCCGGUACCCCCAAGCCUCUGAACCCCUGGACUCUUGCUUUGGGAGGCUCUGGCGGGACGCCGAGAGGGGCAUUGUGUCGUGUGCGAUCCCUUCCCCCCGAGGCAGCAUCAUGUGCUAAAGAAAGGACUUGAGAGGAAGAAUUGCCAUAGGAUUGUGAGCUGAAAGUGAGACCCUGUAGACCAAAAGACCUGCCUUGGUACCUGUUUUCACUAAAUGAAAACAAUCCGAAGAGGAUUUUCACUUUUACGGAAAAAAGUGAAAACAAAAAUAGCCUUCAGCACUUGUUUCUCAGCGAGCUGUUAUAGAAGGCAGUGUGAACCCUGAGCAUCAAGAGUGGCACCUCCAAGCUCCUUCCCUGGGAAUGACGCUCGGCAUCAAACUGCCAUAGUUUUGAGCAUUUGUGCUUUUUCUGGAUUUAUUUUGCACAUCUAUUAGCAAGAUGUGUCAGAAGUCUAAAACUGGAUAGCUGCUUGCAUACCGUCACAGUCUUCUGUCACUUCCUUCUUCCACACUGCAAGGAUCUAAGGAGCAACCUUGAGAAAUAUGAAGUAACUUCCUUCCAACCUAAUUUAUGUCAAGACAAGUAUCAUUGUUGGGUGACCAGUCAUACAACUCACAAGCAGCUCAGUGCUGCUCUUAGAAGUUUGCAAUUUAGUUGAGAAGGCAUUUAUAUAAUGUUAUUAUGUAUUUGUCUACAUUAAACUUAUUACUUAUGUUUACUGUAUGAUUAUAUAAUAAAAAUGAUAAAGAGCAAUGCAAGGCUGUGUGUGACUGUUACAGAUAGUAAAUAAAUGAAAUGGAUAAAGAUGUUUGUGUUGUUAAUUAGUAAAACAGCUGCCGAAGCAGGACAAAUUGUCACAUAUUUUGGCCCUGGCCAUGCCAUACUUACUUUAUGGGCUAGCAGCUUGCAAGGCACACAAUUCCCUGACAUUUUUGUGAAUUGCCUAAUAUCCAGUCUGGUUAUGACUUUUUUGUCUCCUGCUGUCCAUAUAGAUUCUUGGUCAUUUAUAGAGAGAAACUCAUAUCUUUUUUCCCCCUCUCUUCCUCUUCUAUAUAUAGAUAGAUAGAGAUAAGUAUCACAUGAUUAUUUGAAGGAUUGAAAUUUCAUUUUGAUUUGGCUUUCCUGGGUGGAAAACAUUUACAUCAUUUUAUACUUUUGAGCAGGAAUUGCCUCUUUUUUUAAAGUGUGAUCCUUUUCUACUCUUCAGCAUGUAGGAGAUUUUAUGAAUAAUAUUCGCUGCAGAAAGAGAGCUCUAAAAAUAAUUGUGCUGGUAAGGAUUUUGUUAGUCUUACUGGAACAGCAGCAGAAGAAAAGAACAAAGGCACAUCAGAGGAAAGGUAGUGGUAGGCGGAGCAUUUGAUUUUAUUUUGCCUCUGCCAAAGAGCUUGCUUUUAGUGGAGAAGGAAAAACAAAUAAGAAACAGGAGAUCUGCACUAGCAAUCAAAUGUUUCAUUUCUCAUCACUCUUCAUCACAUUUGAAUGGAACCUUACAGUCUUUUUGGUACUGAGUGUGAUGUGGAGAAAUUAUAUUUCCUGUCGAAGAAUAAGAAAGCUGCCGCACAGGUACCAAAGUCAUUAUCACCCAGCGGCCCCUCUGGGAUCAAGGAUUUUAACUGACCCAGCUAAAGUUUUUGAACACAACAUGUGGGAUCACAUGCAGUGGUCAAAAGAAGAAGAAGCAGCAGCCAGAAAAAAAGUGGAGGAAAACUCAGCUGUUCGUGUCCUUUUAGAAGAGCAAGUUAAGUAUGAAAAUGAAGCUAGUAAAUAUUGGGACACAUUUUACAAGAUUCAUAAGAAUAAGUUUUUCAAAGAUCGUAAUUGGCUAUUGAGGGAAUUUCCUGAAAUUCUUCCAAUCAAUCAAAAUACUGAAGAGAAGACGAAAGAAUUACCACAGGAUCAUGUAAAAAUGAAUGCUCCAAAUUGUUUCUCAAGAAUGUACUGCACUACUGUGCCUGAAGAAAAAAAUUAUAAAAAAAUUUCUGGCUUAUCUGAUGGUCAAAGCAAAGCAGGAUCUGAUUUUUCCAACCUCGAUUCUAAAGAAGACAGAAAAGGACCUUCGAAGACUGAAUUGUUUCCUGGUAGCAAUGCCACUUUCAGAAUCCUAGAGGUUGGCUGUGGUGCUGGGAAUAGUGUUUUUCCAAUUCUGAACACUCUGCAGAAUACUCCAGAGUCCUUUCUUUAUUGUUGUGAUUUUGCUUCUGGAGCUGUGGAACUAGUAAAGUCACACCCAUCUUACAGAGCAGCCCAGUGCUGUGCUUUUGUUCAUGACGUUUGUGACGAUGGCUUAGCCUACCCUUUCCCAGACGGGAUCCUGGAUGUCAUUCUCCUUGUCUUUGUGCUCUCUUCUAUUCAUCCUGACAGGAUGCAAGGUGUUGUGAAGCAGCUGUCCAAGUUACUGAAACCUGGGGGGAUGCUGUUAUUUCGGGACUAUGGAAGAUAUGAUAAGACUCAGCUUCGUUUUAAAAGGGGACACUGUUUAUCUGAAAAUUUUUAUGUUCGAGGAGAUGGUACCAGAGCAUAUUUCUUUACAAAAGGGGAAGUCCACGAUAUGUUCUGCAAGGCUGGGUUAGAUGAGAAGCAAAAUUUGGUUGAUCGUCGCUUGCAAGUUAAUAGGAAGAAAAAAGUGAAAAUGCACCGAGUGUGGGUCCAAGGCAAAUUCCAGAAACCAUUAUACUUGACUCAAAAAAGCUCCAAACGGGUAUUUUCCGUCCUUUCUCAUGGCUGAACUGUGUAUCAUGUUAAAGUAGAAACCAGAGGAUCACACUCUUCAAAGUCUUCUGUAAAUCUUUCACUUUUGAAAAGACAACCAAAAGAAAAAAAUGUGUAUAUCCUGCUGUUUACCAUGGGUGAGCUCUUUUGUGCAUUUGUAAGCACAUGCAAGUGAUUUGGAAGAAAGCGCACUAUUAUUCUGUGUUUUCAAUCCUUAAUAUACCCAAGCUUGUUUGGAUUUAUUACGUCUUAA